CGUCCCCGGUGCGCCCCACGUGCCGCCGCCGCCGCCAUGGGCGUGCUGCCGGUGCCGGCGGAGGUGCGCGCCAUCCUGCUGGACAUCGAGGGCACCACCACCCCCAUCGCCUUCGUCCAGGAGACCUUGUUCCCUUACAUCAAAGACAACGUGAAGGAGUAUCUGCGUGCUCACUGGGAGGAGGAGGAGUGCCAGCGGGAUGUCGGACUUCUGAGGAAACAGGCUCAGGAGGACUCCAGCUUGGACGGAGCCGUGCCAAUCCCUCUGGAGAGCGGAAGUGGGGAAGAGGAGCUGGAGCGGGUCAUCCAGGCGGUUGUGGACAAUGUGCACUGGCAGAUGUCCCUGGACAGGAAGACCACAGCACUGAAGCAGCUGCAGGGUCACAUGUGGAGGGCAGCCUACGCCACCGGGCUCGUCAAAGGAGAAAUCUUUGAGGACGUGGUUCCAGCCAUCCGGAAGUGGCGGGAAGCGGGGAUGAAGGUCUAUAUCUACUCUUCAGGCAGCAUUGAAGCCCAGAAGCUUCUGUUUGGAUAUUCUACAGAAGGUGAUAUCCUAGAGCUCUUUGAUGGCCACUUCGAUACCAAAAUAGGCCCCAAGGUAGAAAGUGAGAGCUACAGAAGGAUUGCCGCCAGCAUUGGGUGCGCCACCAACAACAUCCUCUUCCUGACGGAUGUCCCACGAGAAGCCAAUGCGGCCGAGGAAGCGGAUACUCACGUGGCUGUGGUGAUCAGACCAGGCAACGCAGGACUGACAGACGAUGAGAAAUCGUAUUACAGCCUCAUCUCGUCUUUCACCGAACUUUUCCUGCCUUCCUCCACUUAGGGAAAGCGGUGCACGCACAAAAGACUGUGCUUCACCUGAAUUGUCCUUGUGAAACAUUAGGUAAUUUUGUCCAUAAUAAGAAUUCAAAACCAAAUCCACAUCAUGUCUCGGACCCACAACCAGUGCAGGCAGGUAUGGAUGGACAGUACGGUGUGGGGUCCCUUGCGCAGUAGGACGGAGGCCUGCUGCCAGCUGGAGCUGGGAACAGGGUGAGGAGCAGCACCCAUGAGCCCUGCUGUUCCUCCCCUUUCCUGGCUAGCAGUUAGCUAAGGAGAUGCUUCCUUCAGAGUCACCCACUGAAAUCUGGUGCUGAGAUGCCCCACCAUGAGCUCUGUCAAUUUUAGCAGCAGUCUGCAAGCAAGGUUUAUGUCCCUUGUCCCAGAGGGACCCCUGAGGACCAUGAGGGGAUAUGAUCUCCUCCCUGCAAAUGGGGUUGCUGGCUAAGUCAAAACUUUCAAAGUUAGGAUUCCCAAAGGAAAAUGCCAGCUGUGGGCUGUAACACAGUAGCUGACACAGAAAAAGCCAGCCCUUGCUGCAGGCAAGCUCUUUAGAUGAAGAACAACAUAUAUAUUUGCUAUAUCUGCAGCAGGCCUAGGUACAAAACAGUACAACUUGCAUAUGGAAGCUGCUUAGAGCUACACAGCCAGCCUACCAGAAUGGAGUAGAGUAUAUAUAAGUAUAGCUUUAAAAAUUAAAUUCUGGACACACUCCACUGCUGCAUUGUGGUGCUGGGCUAUAGGAUAUAACUGGCUGAACACCAAAGUCAGCUUGACUGCAUUUCUGAAGUAUCUCAGCACUAAGCCAUGGAGCUCCUCCUCAGUAGCCAACACCACCCAGUCACCCAUUCAUAGCACUGGUCAGCUGUGGGCAAACCUUGACAAACUGCUCCCGGGGGGACAUCCUGCUGCAUUUAAUGAGAAUUAAAACCCUGACCUGUUCACCCUACCUAAAUUGUGCCAAUGUAUAUCAGAUGGUCAUGGAGCUUUUCCUAAUACAGUAAAUAAAAAGACAAUUUGGCUUUCAUUGUGUUCACUCCAUCACAGUAUUUAGCCUUCCUGUCUAUCAUCAGUGAUCCCAGCACUUAAAGGCAAUUUUUUUUUUUUAAAAUCUGCAAACACUUUGUUGUCCUGCUUUCACCUUCCCCAGUCCUUUCUCUGAAGCAGCAGCCUUGUCCUGCCAAGGAAGCUGUAUUACCUCACUGACCGCUUUAGGGUUUCAGCUGGUGCUCAGUGGGGGUGCAGGAGUGAGAGCCACAGAUAGGUUAUACCUGGUAGGAGUGGAGGCAGAGGCAAUCUGAAAUCCCUGUUCCCUGCUGCUGGCACUUUGUGCAGGGGUGUCACUUGCUGUGUACUGAGCAAUGGCACUUGAGCUUGCCCUCCCAGACAGACAAAAUACAAGAUUAACAUGUGUGCUGCCUUCCUGAGCUGUGAUCUGCACCUACAGCUCUCCCUGUUGAUGGAGGCUGCUGUGUAAAGGACAAGCAAGAGAUUGGUGUUUGGGGAGGAAACCACAUCAUGCCAGCACUGCCCUUCUAAAACUUUGAUAGUAGCAAGGUUGGGCUGUGGGGUAGCUGGUCUUGGAUGCCUCUCUGGGCUGUGUAAUCAGUGUGAUCCUGCUCCUAGAAAGAGCCAGCUAAUUAGUGCUGUUGCAAUAAGUGUAGCUGCAUGGCUGAAUAGUUCCUGGCUUCCUUAAGUGAUACUGUUAAUCAUUACACUGUAAAUACUCACCUUUUGUUUUGCCUUUGCUGUCAGAAAGCUAUGCUUGGGGUAGGGGACAAAAAUAAAACUCACUUUCUCCAUAAAAGCA